AUGUUUUCUAAGCCUUUCAAGCCUCUCACUAUCCGCAAACCCGGGGGCAGCGAAGCUCUCGACCAGGGGAUACCACCAGCCAAGCGAAGAAAGCUCACUUCCGACACUCGUACUGAAGCAGCGAAGACGUCAUCCGAUGAGGGCGCAAGACCACCCCUCAAGUUGAUCUCAAACCCUCCAAGUCCUGCUCUGGAGCUGAAUGGCAAUGAAUCAGAGGGCCCCGAGAGCUAUUUCGCGAUUCUUUGGCGUAUCCCCACGAACAAGAAGAACAAAACUUGGACGGAUGAUGGGGUCCUCGCCGUAAAGGAUGGCCAGGCAACACUCUAUGCAAAGCCGGGAAGGAUCAUUGGCCGCACUGCCAUCGCUUUACCCCUACAGCCCGGCUUGAACCUGACCAUUAGUGGAAAGGAAGUCGAGGUCGAUUCGCAAAUCAGCAAGAAUGCCUACCUCCAAGCGAUCGGCUCCAAGCCCAAGCCUACGGACGUCGAACAUAAGGCCGCACGCGCGUCUCUGUCAACGAAACCCUCUGAUAUUCCACAGGCAAAGUUAAGCAUACAGAGUCAAAUGAAAGCUCAAAUACAGAAAGAGAAGGCUCGGGUCCAGAACCAACGUCCUCCACCACUCAGUCGUGCCAGCGGAUUCAAACAACCACUGAAGGAGUCGACGAUAAUCCCACAAGGCUCAGGUGAAUCGCCGAGACCACGGCACGAUCCCAAUGCGGAUGGAGCAAUUGUCUUCAGGAGACCCGAAGGUCUACCUGGGCGGAGACAAAUUGUGGACGUGGUGUUAGACCCCCUAAUUGGCAAGAAGUUGCGACCACAUCAGCAAGAAGGAGUGAAGUUCCUCUACGAAUGCGUCAUGGGGCUGCGUAAUCCUGAUGGUCAAGGAUGCAUCCUGGCAGACGACAUGGGACUCGGCAAGACUCUGACCACAAUCGCGCUCUUGUGGACAUUGCUGCGGCAAAAUCCAGUCUUCCGAGAACCUCCGGUAAUAAGAAAGGCUCUCAUUGUCUGUCCGGUAACCCUCAUACGGAAUUGGAAACGAGAAUUCCAGAAAUGGCUCGGGUCCGACAGGCUUGGGGUGCUUGAGUUUGAAGAUCAACAGACUCGUCUGAACAACUUUGAUGGAAAAGUCUACCAGGUGAUGAUCAUUGGCUAUGAAAGAUUGAGGAUUGUAGCCGAUGAUCUUGCCAAAGGACCACCCAUUGACAUUGUUGUCUGUGACGAAGGUCACCGUCUCAAGACCAUGAAGAACAAAGCCGCCCAAGCUAUUGAGUCGUUGAAUACGAAGCGGAGGAUCAUUCUGUCGGGGACUCCAAUACAGAACGACCUGGGCGAGUUCUUUGCCAUGGUCAACUUUGUGAACGACGGGUGUCUGGGCUCUCAAAAGGGUUUCAUCCGGGACUUUGAGAAACCCAUUAUGAGGAGUCGUCAACCGGAUGCGUUGCCGGCGGACAUUGAGCAUGGUCAAGAUGCAAGUGAGGAAUUGACUCGUACGACGUCGGCGUUUAUACUACGCAGGACGGCGGACAUUCUAGCAGACUUCUUACCCCCGAAAACGGAAUAUGUGCUGUUCUGCAAACCAACACCAGCCCAGGCAAAGAUAUAUCGGAGCGUUAUCCGUUCACCUAUGUUCAAAAGUGCAUUGCGCAGCCAGGAGACGGCAUUUCAGCUGAUCAACAUUUUGAAGAAACUCUGCAACAGCCCGGCAUUGAUGGAUCCCAACUAUGGCAAUGAUGAAUCAACUCCCUCGUCGUCGCUUGUCACGUUAAACGAAAUGCUUCCCGAUGGGUUGUCCAGACUGUAUCAGAACUCAGUGUCUUGCAAGAUCCGUCUCCUCGAUCAACUCCUGCAGCAAAUUCGCACGAAUACCGAUGAAAAGGUCGUGGUCAUUUCCAACUACACCUCGACGCUCAACUUGAUCCAGCAGCUAGCAGCGAACUCCAACUUGUCUUUUCUCCGUCUUGAUGGUUCAGUCGCAGCUAAGAAGAGACAGGCCCUCGUGGACAAGUUUAACCGCUCAACAGCGACACAGUGCUUCAUGUUUCUUCUGAGUGCUAAGGCAGGCGGAGUCGGGCUCAAUCUGAUCGGGGCAAGCCGUCUGGUUCUCUUUGACGUGGACUGGAACCCUGCGACGGACGAUCAGGCAGUGGCCCGCAUCUACCGACAGGGGCAGAAGAGACACUGUAAGAUUUACAGGUUUCUGAUCAAGGGUGGCUUGGAAGAGCGCAUCUGGCAGCGGCAGGUGGUCAAGCGAGCAUUGGCGGACAGUAUCAUGCAAGGCGGGUCACAUCUGGGAUCGUCCGCUUUCAAUGAGCCGAAGACGAAGGCUCAAAGUGGCACGUCAAGUUUUAGUCAAGAAGAGUUGAAAGACCUUUUCCGCUUGGACGAGGGCAGCGGUUUACGAACCCAUGACCUGAUCGACUGUGGUUGUGAGGGUGCGGGACAGGAGGGAACAGGCCAGGAUGAAAAUGAUGGCGUGCAACAGGAUCCGUCACUAGGUGGGAACGACAAAGACGGGUAUGGCGAUGAGAAGCUCGAAGACCCUGCUGGAAUAUCAAAAGCCCUGUCGUCAGCAAACACGCCGAGCGCAGAGAUGCCAUCCAUGGUGACUGAACUUGAGGCAGAGAAACAUCAACUGAUGCAAUACAGGCAUGUGGACACUUCAAUUCUGGCCCAGGAAGACGGAGAUCAGAAGCUGAGGGCACAAGUGUUGGCUGCAAUUGAUGAUGUCUGUCUCGAGCAGGUGGCCACCCUUGACCAGGACAUGAUAGGAGGCGGUGGAAUCUCAUAUAUAUUCAAGAGGACCAAAAGCAGUCGGUGUCUCGAGGAAGAAGACAGCCCACGAACGACUUGA